GAGGAUGACACACUGCACCUUCUCAAACCAAAGGGACAGAAACUAUAGUGUUCAACUGGCCUGCUUUGAUACAGAUUUUUAAUUGGGAUUUUUUAUUGGAAUUUUAUUGUUGUAAAGUGACAAACAUGUAUGUAAUUUUGAGGGCAAAUAGGGGUGGUGUAAAUUUUAUUCCAACAGGCAGGCAACUCACCAGGACUCCUCCGCUGAAUCAAGUGAAGAGGCAGCUGGAUUUUUGCAGUGACGAUGUGGCAGAUGGUGAUGUCCCUCCACAUGUGGGGUCGCAGUGCACAAAAGACCCGAAGCAGGAGAUGGAGAUCAAGAUGGAGAUGGAGAUGGAGAUGGAGACAGAUGCCAAAGCUCAAAAUCAGUCAUUUUCCAACCUUAACAGGACAUUUGACUUCAACAGUCCCAAAACACCCAAACACAACCGGGAUGCGUUGUCCAGUGAUUUCACAGGUUCCCUAGAGCAGCCAACAUCUAGCUUAAACAGGACAUUUGACAUGAAUAAUUCACAGACAAACAAAACAUCAAAGAGGUCCCGCACUCAAUCAACAAUCUGCUCAGCAAGCCUUCCAGAGGCUGCUGAUGCCAACUCGAUGCUGAGAGGGAUGGAGGGAUAUGAGCUGACGGCGGAUGACCUGGAGUUCAUUGAAAAGAUGCAACAAGAGAAACGCAUCAAAAAACUGCAGGGUGAACUGGUGGAGGUCGAGAGGCAGCUGGAGAGUGAAACGAUGGCCUUGGAGCUGGCCCUGGCUGCCAAGGAGCAAACCCAGGCCGAACUCAGGAAGUUUCCCUCCUGUGAGGAGCUCAUUGACUUGGCCAAGGUGUUUCUCAAGACCACCUCGCCUUUAACCGAGGGAAUGGACAUGGAAUCCAAGUCUCUUGUGGCCAGGGUGAAGGAAAAGGACAUCCAAAGGGUAACAGAAGAGGAAACAACUCAGAUGGAGACAACGCUGGCCGACAAGCGGCAGACAGAGAUGGAAGAGACUGGGCAGCAAGAAAAACAAAUCCUCAGUAAACUGCGGAAGAUACAAGGACUGAUGGGACAGUUAUCCGACCUGAAAUCUGAACUUGCCAAAGCAGAGCAGAAACAAGUAGAAGUGGAAGACUUGAAUAUUAAAGAGGAACCGCAAGCCAUUGAGAGCAAUGUGGACUCUCCAAAACCUCAGCGGAGGAAGAGAAAAAAGGAUGAUAAAACAGCGGAAACACUGCACGACACAACAAACCAAAGUAAACCAACAAAGAGAAAUACAAGGGCCAGAAAGGCGGACAAGAAAACAGACAAUCAGGCCAGCCUGAAAGAUGAUACUGGCAACAAGAACACUCACGAGCCUUUGAAGACGUCAACAAGACAGACAAAACAGAAGUCUAAAGAUGCCAAACAAAAGCUUACAAAAACAGUGAAAGCAGCCAAAAUGCCACAGAGGAAAGUCACAGAGCAAGAAUCACAUCCGCCUGAGUCUUCGCAAGCUGUGAGCACAAGAAUCACUAGUGAAGCCUCCAAGACCACAGCUUCACAGGGGAAAACUCAAGGCAAAGUUGAUAGUGGGAAAGCACAGUCCACAUCAGAGCAGCCGCCCGCCAGGCGAACCAGAAAGAAAGCUACUGUAGUCACGCUAAGUGCUGCAGAGGCGGAUCAAAACCCCGGUCUCAGACGAUCAAAGAGGAUAGCCAGUAAGAAGUUAAACCUUGUGGGUUGUUGAGCAGCUCCACCGCAGCAGUUUGGGGUCGUGUGUUGCUCAAGGGCACUUCAGUUGCAGCAGGAGAAUGGUUUUUCAUUUUUCCGACACAAUGUCCAGCCAGUAUAGAGACUGAAACAGCAACCGUCUGCACACAAGACCACUUCCUUCAGAAUGUACUUGAACAAUAGAUUUUGCAAAAUAGUUUGAAAUUUUUUUUUUUUUUUCCUUUUUGCAUGUCAGUUUUUCUUGUGUUGCACCCAUUUACAUUGUAUUGAUGUAAUAUUUGUGAUGUGACUGACAAUUGUUCUGCUUAAGACUUUUUUUUUAGGUUCUCUCCAUUAAAGAUUUUUUUUCUUGGUGUUAAA